UCCACCGAACUCACUUCUGGUUCCCCCUCUGACGUCAUCAAAGUGGUAGCGUCCACCCAGGGCGCCAUUCUCCAAACAGUCCUUGUUGUUGUUGUGUGGCAAACAACCAGUGGAUACACGGGGCAAGAUUUCUUCAUCAGGAUGGAGAACAUGAACGCAAAGAACGUUGAGGAGGUGAAAUUGCUGGAAGACCAAAUCAAGCAUCUCCAGGCUGAAGUGGCAAACCUGCAAGAGCAGCAGAAAAACCACAGAGACCACACGUUAUAUUUCAGUGAACAAAUGCAACAUGCCCUGUCACAUUUGCGUGGCCAGACGCUGCCAGGAAGCGCAGAGGAGGUAUUGUCCUGUCUUAAGAAGGAGGUGGAGCAGCUGGAGGAGGAUCUGCAGCGCCAGAGCCAGAUGAAUGGCAUCACUCUCAACUGCUGCACCACACACUCACUGGAAAGAAGUAGUACUAAGUUGGUCCAACAGAUGUGCAUUUCUGGUCAUUGCUCAGGGUUGGAGUUCCAGGUUGAGUUUCAGAUAUCAGAGGUCAAGGAGGGUGACCAAUCAGAGAAGACAAUAAAGAGUCUGAAUGUGGUGAUGGACGGCAGUGACCUCGCGAACUUCAGCAGCUUUCUUUCUGGGGUGGAGGAGAACAGAGACCUCCUGCUUUUCUUCAGGACUCUCAGGACUUUCUCAGACAGAAUUGACGAGCGACGGCGGACCUUCCAACACUUUCAGGCCAAAUAUCCCACACUUGUCUCCCUUCCUGAAGGCCACGGGUCAGAGGUCAUGACCUUGCACCAUCCUGAGCUUCCAGGCUGCAUGUUAUUAGUUGACUGGUCAGUGGAGGUGUCCAAGGAGGGCGGAGUCACACCAAAAGUCAACCUGCUGACAAAGAUCCCAGAUAAAGCCCAGCAGCUGUUCCCUUCCGAAGCACUAGGUGGCGCUGGGGAGGCCUUCCACAGCCUCCUGAGGCUGCUGGGACCCGAGGCGGCUUUGGAGGGCAUCAUCAGGGAAGUCGGCCUCCUGCAGGACUCCUGACUCCUGCAGCAUCUCAGAAGUGACCAGAAGCUCCACCACCACACUUUAGUCUCUUACAAAGUCUUUAUUCAGUAGAAAGUCUGACUGACAGCAGAGCUCAUUGGUUAAAAUCUACAAAAAUAAAUAAUUUAAAUACAAAA